GGGCGCGGCGGCAGCUGCGGGGAGAAGCGCGGGGCGGCAGCCCUUCGCAGCGCGGUGUCCCUGCCUUCCCUGCGGGGCUUUCUUGGAAGGGCCGGAGCUGCUGGCCUGCCCGAGGCCGCCGGCAACGUUAUCUCCUCCCUCGCCCCCCCUCCCUGUCGGUGCAGAAAAGGGGCCGGCUCAGGAUGUGGUCUGAUGCUGAUGUAGCACGCGCAACAGCCCCGGCAAACGUGAUUCGUGGCCGCGCACGGCGCGUGUUCUGUUCCAUGGCAUAGGAGCAUCUGCUACAGGACAGCGAGAAGGCGGCUGCGGGUUUCUGUUCUCACACUGCUCGGGGCUGAGCCCUGCCCGUAGCAGCCUGAAAUCCUCUGCCUGCCCCGUGGGUUUGCUCCGUAACCCUUAGGGAGAAGUCUGGUGUGCGUUAGGAAUUGAGUGAAGAGCAAACGGUGAUCAUCAGAUUUAACUGACAUCGAAUAAAACUUGGACAUCGCUGUCAGAUACCUUGAGUCCACUGCUGGCUCUCAAAGGUUACUAAAAUCUUAGCGGCUGCCUUGAAACCGAGCUAUCUAAGCUUCACUUACUGUUGCUUCUCCCUACACCAUACUGCACUGCUGCUUUUGCUCUUGCCUGGUCAGAACGCACUAAGAGAUUUUCUUUUUCAAAUACCCACAAUGAAACUUAGGCUAGAAGUAUGUGCCAUUCUUUUGCUGCCUGUGUACUUGUUAAUAUCUGUAUACAGUAUGCUUGUAUUUAUUCCGUGGUAUUUUCUUACCAACGCUAAGAAGAAAAAGGCUAUGGCAAAGCGUUUAAAAGCUAAGCCCAUCUCGGACAAACCUGGAAGCCCCUACCGCUCCGUCACUCAUCUUGACUCACUAGCAAACAUAAACAUUCCUGGAGCAGACACGUUGGACAAACUGUUUGACCACGCGUUAGCAAAGUUUGGGAAAAAGGACUGUCUUGGGACCAGAGAAAUACUGAGUGAAGAAAAUGAAAUGCAACCAAACGGAAAAGUUUUCAAAAAGUUAAUCUUAGGAACCUACAGAUGGCUGUCCUAUGAAGAAGUAAAUCAGAAAGUGAAUCGCUUGGGGAGCGGACUGAUAGCCCUGGGACUAACCCCAAAGAGCACCGUUGUUAUCUUCUGCGAGACCCGAGCAGAAUGGAUGAUCGCAGCCCUGGCCUGCUUCAAGUACAACUUUCCUCUUGUUACCUUGUAUGCUACACUGGGUGAAGAGGCAGUAACCUAUGGUCUCAAUGAAUGUGGAGCGUCGUAUCUGAUCACCAGUGCAGAGCUUCUUGAGAGCAAACUUAAGGCUACAUUGCCACAUAUUUCCUGUCUUAAACAUAUAAUUUAUGUGGAUAAUAAGACUAUCAAUAAAUCUGAAUACCCUGAAAAUGUUGAGAUUCAUAGUAUGCAGACAGUGGAAGAGCUGGGAGCCAAACCAGAAAAUGCAAGCAUUCAGCCAAGCAGACCUGUUCCCACAGACCUGGCUCUAGUAAUGUACACCAGCGGCUCUACUGGGAGACCAAAAGGAGUGAUGAUGCAGCAUAAGAACCUUAUAGCCGGAAUGACAGGACAGUGUGAGAGAAUACCUGGGCUGGGGCCCAAGGAUACUUACAUUGGUUAUUUGCCCCUGGCCCAUGUAUUGGAACUGACAGCAGAAAUUUCUUGCAUCACUUACGGCUGCAGGAUUGGAUAUUCCUCUCCACUUACACUGUCAGAUCAGUCAAGUAAGAUUAAGAAGGGAAGCAAAGGAGACUGCACUGUGCUAAAGCCUACCCUGAUGGCAGCUGUGCCUGAAAUAAUGGACAGAAUUUAUAAAAAUGUCAUGAGUAAGGUUCAGGAGAUGAACUAUAUUCAGAGAACUCUGUUCAAGAUAGGCUAUGACUACAAAUUAGAACAAAUCAAAAGAGGAUACGAUGCACCUCUGUGUAACAUACUGUUGUUUAAAAAAGUAAAGGCACUACUAGGAGGGAACAUCCGUAUGAUGCUUUCCGGAGGAGCCCCGCUCUCACCCCAAACACAAAGAUUCAUGAAUAUCUGUUUUUGCUGUCCUGUGGGCCAAGGCUAUGGAUUAACAGAAACAUGCGGAGCUGGAACAAUUACAGAAGUUGCUGAUUAUAGCACUGGAAGAGUUGGAGCUCCUCUUAUUUGCUGUGAAAUCAGAUUGAGAGACUGGCAAGAAGGGGGCUAUACUAACAGAGACAAGCCUAAUCCUAGAGGGGAAAUUAUAAUUGGUGGACCUAAUGUCUCAAUGGGAUAUUUUAAAAAUGAAGAGAAAACAACAGAAGAUUUCACCAUUGAUGAGAAUGGUCAGAGAUGGUUUUGUACCGGAGAUAUAGGAGAAUUCCAUCCAGAUGGGUGCCUGCAGAUCAUAGACCGUAAGAAAGACUUGGUAAAGCUACAAGCUGGGGAAUACGUGUCUCUGGGCAAAGUAGAGGCAGCACUGAAGAACUGUUCGUUGAUUGAUAACAUCUGUGCUUAUGCCAAAAGUGACCAGUCUUAUGUGAUCAGUUUUGUGGUUCCCAAUCAGAAGAAGCUGACGGCAUUAGCUGAGCAGAAAGGUAUAAGUGGAACCUGGGUUGAAAUUUGUAACAAUCCUACAAUGGAAGCUGAAAUACUACAAGAAAUUAAGGAGGUGGCAAACAAGAUGAAAUUAGAGAGGUUUGAAAUACCCAUCAAAGUGCGGUUAAGCCCUGAACCGUGGACUCCAGAGACUGGGUUAGUAACAGAUGCUUUCAAGUUGAAAAGGAAAGAACUGAAAAACCAUUACCUCAACGACAUCGAAAGAAUGUAUGGAGGCAAAUAAACAGGCUGGAUUGACUAGACAGUUGUGCAGAAGGUUCUUUAUCAUGCCUUGAUUUUGGAUGUCCUUGUAUACUGUAGGUGUCACAUGUAUUCAGAAAAUACACCAAACUGAUGAAUGUUUCUUAUCUCUAAAGAGAGCAACGAGAGAAGAUCUUAAACUCUAAAUUCCUACUAAACGGCAGAAAAUGUUGAUGUGUUUCAGAGUUCCAUGUGAUCAUUUCCAGUUUUAAGACAGACACAAUUCUAUGAAGCAGUAUGGCCAAGUCAUUUUAUUAUUAUUUCUCUAGCAUGUUCAGACUCCUUGCAAUUUCUCUCUAAUUCAUUGUGAGGCCCGGUGUGUAGGGAGAAAAUGGGUACUGAAACUGUAACCUUCUCCAUUUAAAAAAAGACAUUAGUCAAGAACUUGCUAGAGAUCACUGAGAACGUACUGCUUCAAAAGGGAUGGAUUCUUCUGCACAUCAGUUAUGUUCAAUAUUUACAGUGCCUAUAAGAGAAUAUAAGAUACACUUACCUUAAAUAAAGGUGAACUGAAAAAUCUUUCUAAAGAAAAGUUAUUUGAAAACAUCACUCAAGAGCAUUGAGUCAACUAUCUCAAGUCCCUCUCACCCAAUACAUUCGUACCUGCCGCCACAUUUAAUUCCAGCAGAGCUUUCCCCUGGGACACAGCAUGAAAGAAAGCAAAGACUUGCCUUGCUGCAGGAGGUACUGAUGAAAACGAUCAGCUGAAUGCAGAAUGCAAAACCUGCAUCCCGGCUGGCAGGCAACAGCAAAAUUGAUGGGCAGUUGUCUCCAAACAGAUUUGGAACUCAAAGGAGAAAUUAUUCUUUUUAUUUUUAUUCUGGAGGUGACACGGUGGUUUUAUUUGAAAGGCACUGAUCCUCUAGACCUUCACAUACAUGUGGGUAAUGGUGCAAGUUAUCCCCAUGUAGUUUACAGGAUCAGGGUCUAAGUACCUGUAUUUACUUUAUGGAAAGGUAUUUCUGUUCACCUUUUAAAAUACAGCACCCAAAACAAAGCCAACCAGAAACCAACAGCAGUUUCUCCGUGUCUUGUUUUACUUAUGACAAAGUAUGCUGAGGCUGGGAAAAGCUUUGUUUUAAGGAACUAAAAAAAGGGACAAAUCACUCUAUAUAGAAAUCCUUAUUAAAAAAAAGUGUUCUUACAUUAACUGGAAAUUGUAGAUGUGCUGAAGUGGGAGGUUAUAACUUAGUAGCAGUUUAUCAUUUUGUGUGCUGCAUCCAGUACUGUGUUUCCUUUGACGUGCAGUAACCGAGCUCCCGCGCCCACACUCGCUCUUCACACUUGAACCACGAACGCUGUAAAGAAGUGGAGGCUCUCAAUACUGUUCUACUUUGCACUUUUCUUAAUCAUUUCAUACGUGUUGCGUUCAUUUUGUACAGGUGUGGCUCAGCUGCUAUAUAUUACAAAUUCGUUUUAAGUAUUUAUAGAUUUCUUCUAUUCAUAAUGUGUUGUGUAUAUGAUGGUUAAAAAAGGAAAAUUAUUUGUUAUUGUCACUCUGUACAUAAAGUAAAAGGUUUUGUACGAUGCUUCUCUUUAGCAUACUGGCACAUCCGUGGGUUUGUGAAGGCGGGAAUUACUUUCCCUUCCAGUUGCAGCUUUCCAAGUGACUCAGUUCUGGAGCUACGUUAGCAGCCUCCCAUGUUUCAAACCGGUCACUGUCGCAUAACCUUUAGACAGCCUGUUAGCAUCACAGAAGUUAGACGUGUAAGAGAGUUGCUCGCACUUGAGUCUGUCAGCAAGUUGUAUGAUUUUCUUUUUUUAAACCAUGAAUGUAUUUAUAUGAAAUGUAUUUUAUCUAGACUCCAGCUAUCUUCUGUGUCUCGGCUGACUGAGGAUCGCUAUUUCCAGUGUAUAUAUACACACACCACGUUGACAUUUCAAAAACAGAAUACAGUUGAAAUGGUUAACCAA